CAUUAUAAUUCCGUAAAACUGCGGGAUAAACCCGCAGUUCGCAAUAAACGAGUGAACCAUGCGGACCUCACCGAGCUUACCCCUUCCAGCAUUUCUGGCUGAUGGGAUGCCACAGGAAACGGCCGAGGUGCCCCAAGAGGAGCCUGGACCACUUCCAUUUAUUCAAUUUACGAACGGUGGAAUUCGGCUGAACUUCGGAGGAUAUCACGCCCAAGCUGGACUCGGCGGUCUUCUCAGCGGACGAACCGCGGGAACGGGUGGUGGACUUCAUGUGAGCGCUGGAACUCCGUGGGGUGCGCAUGCGGGCGCAGGAUUAGGCGGUCAAUUGAACGGAGAUGACGGCAAUCUCGGCGGCGGUCUGUAUGCCCGCGCCGGACUAGGCCGUGGGAGACCGGAAGCGGCGGCCGGUCUCGGCGGAAGAUUGGAUGGCAGUGGACGAUCGUUCAGUCCAAUUUCGGGCGGUUUAUACGCAGGCGCGACACCGGGUGGUCAAGGAGUCGGUGUAUAUCUCGGCGGAGGCGCCGACAAAGGAAUAAUCGAAGGAGUUGCGAGCGGCAAUGCGCCUAAUGAAAUUCCGCGUACAGUCAAUACGGAGGACAUUCCUGCAACAGCCGUCAAUCCAGAUGCAGCCGCGAGUGGAACGAAGCCGGCGAAAGGCCGCACGAAUAUACAAAUCAUACCUUCAAGGGCAAAGAAUCCGCAAAAGGAGAAAGAGAAGGCGAUUGAACCUACCACGCUACCAGUUGAUGCACCUGCAGAUGGAAAACCCGAGUCGCAAGGAAAAGAGAUGCGACGUGCAGCACCUCUCGUUGUGGAAGGUGGUUUAUUUAAAUCGGUUUACGUUGCUCCGGCGCCUGUUGUAAAAUCCGUCGAAAAGACCAUCGUGGUACCUGCACCUGCAGUUCCAAUUGCACCUGCAGUUCCAAUUGCACCUGCAGUUCCAAUUGCACCUGCAAUCCCAAAUAAUGUCAACAAUGCGGCUAUACCAAUCGAGAAUCAGCCGAACGUAGUAAUUACUAAGCCCGCGUAUCCGCGCUGGUACUUCAGAAAGCGAUUUUGGGGUGCUCCUAGAAAAACAGUUUACGUUACUCCAUCAGCGACAAUCGAUUCCCAAGGUUCGCCUUCGGAUAUAGUUGGUGGAAUUUAUACCAAUGCAGUGGGAGGUAAUGACGCAGUUGUCGUGGGCAAAACUUACAGCGGAUCCUUGUUUGAUGAUAUUUUCAAUAUCCCAAUUUCUACGUUGUCCGCUGUCAACCAAUUACUGAGAAACAACGCCGGCUGAGCGUUCCAGUAACAUGCAUUUCCAUUAACAAGUUCUUUUAUACCUAAAAAUAUUAUAAUUAAUGAUUGCACAUUAAUAUUUAUGAGCAAAGAUCAAGUCA